CACGUCCGGUCGGGCGGCCUAGUGGGUGGCGCGGCCGGGGGUGGGCAGCAGUGGCGGCAGUCGGAAGCGAUGUCAGAACUUAGUGAUGAAGCGAGUGAAUCGGAGCUGCUGAACUGCAGUUUAUCCAUGUGGCACGGGGCUGGUUCCUUAGUCUGCCGAGAGGAAUUAGAUGUUCCCCUGGACCUUCACACGGCUUCUUCAAUUGGCCAGUACGAGGUGGUGAAAGAUUGCAUUCAGCGGCGAGAGCUGGAUCUGGAUAAGAAGAACUGUGGUGGUUGGACUCCAUUGAUGUACGCCUCCUAUAUUGGCCACGACACUAUCGUACACCUGUUGUUGGAGGCAGGGGUGAACGUGAACGUCCCGACGCCUGAGGGGCAGACCCCCCUGAUGCUGGCCUCCAGUUGCGGAAAUGAGAGUAUCGCCUACUUUCUCCUUCAGCAAGGAGCCGAGCUAGAAAUGAAAGACAUUCAUGGUUGGACUGCUCUUUUCCACUGUGCAAGCGCUGGCCACCAGCAGAUGGUAAAGUUCCUCUUGGACAAUGGCGCAAAUGCCAACUUAAGGGAACCUACAUAUGGUUUUACUCCUCUGAUGGAAGCAGCUGCUUCUGGCCAUGAGAUAAUUGUGCAGUAUCUUCUGAAUCACGGAGUGAAAGUGGACAUAGGGGACUACACCGGAGCCACAGCCCGAGCACUGGCCAUGAAAUACGGACACAUGAAGAUAGUGGGGCUGCUAGACGGUCACGCCGCUUCUCUACCCAGGGUCCUCUUUAGGGGCUCAGAAAAAUACGACGAUCUGAGUUCGUCGGACGAGUCGUGCGCCAGCCCCCAGAGACCGAGGCCUGCGCGGAAGAUGAAGGGGCUGAGCAUCCACGAGGGGCCUCAGGCCUUGGCCAAGAUCACCGCUGUGGGCAUCGGAGUGGGGAAGCGGCAGUCGUGCCUUGAGCAGAUGCCUCCACAGGGCUACGUUACCUUUAACAACACUGAGGGUGCCAGUGUUGACGGGGAGGAUCUCUGCUUCCGAGAUGUCACCUCUCCAAUCAACGAACAGGAUGUGGAAAGCAACAGCAGCAGGGAGGAGAAUGCUUUCGGCACCAACCCAGUGACCAUCAGGAGCAGCAGCAGUAGCAGUGAGGGGCUAGCCAAAGCCCUCGGGGUCAGCAGUGAGGCUUCUUUGGAGAGCAAUGAGGACUCAGACCACAUCCACAAGAGCUCCGUUCGCAAGCAGGCCAAAAGCUACCUGAAGGUUAAGAGUCGUUACAGCAGUGACAACCAGUGGCCUCAUAGCACAGGGGCUUCUGCGAUGGCUAGUCAGCCUGCCACCAUCCCCAAGUCUCAGCUGAGCCACUCUGCAGGCCCCCAGGACCUCGCAAGCUUCCUGGAAGAGAUCGGUUGCCUGAAGUACCUGCAGGUGUUUGAGGAGCAGGACGUGGACCUCCGCAUCUUCUUGACCCUCACUGAGAGCGAUCUCAAAGAAAUAGGCAUCACUUUGUUUGGGCCCAAGAGAAAGAUGACCUCGGCCAUCGCCCGGUGGCACAGCGGCGCCCACCCGCCUAGCGACGCCCUCGAACUGGCUUACGCCGACCGACUUGAAGCCGAAAUGCAGGAACUGGCCAUUCAGCUGCACAAGCGGUGCGAGGAAGUGGAAGUGAUGAAAGGACAGGUGUCGCAGGAGCAAGAGCUCCGGGCUGUUGUUGAGAGCUGCCUGAUGGAGCAGAACGGGGCCUGGAAAGACGUCCACCUCCAGCUGCAAGAGAUGUGGGCUGCCACCCGGAACAUCGAGCUGCUCCUGGGUCAGCUCAGAGCCUGCCAGGCCGAGCUGUCCACCCGUGUGAAUCAAGAGGAUGCGUUGGGCGGUGUCCCCCCAACCAAGGCCCAGCGGGGAGCUGAUGCUGAAGGAUGGCAAACGAAGUCCCUGAGCUUGCCCGAGCUAUCCAGAGCUUUGGAGGAAUGCACAGGCGAGAUGGGGAAAGCUCUGGGUUCCGUGAACCGGAGCCUCGAACGGCUGCGAGUGCUCAACGACAAGCAGAACUGGGGAGAGCCGUAGCCGUGCCAGAUGGAACCACGACGUUGGGUGACCGUUCCACCCUGAAGCUGUGUGCCUGAAAGAAUGAGUGGGCUGGGGACAGGUGGCACUCCUCUGCUCAGACUGCCACCCCACCGGGCCGGCGGGGAGGGGGUGCCGCGGGGGGACCCCGGGAGAGGCCGGGCCCAAGGGAGCAGGCCCCGGUCCUCAGAGGAAGGGCGUCUCCGGUCCAACGGCUGGAGAACGAGGUGCAGCAAAAAGAAGC